UACUUUCCUCUAUAAGUUUUGGUAAAGUUUAUCUGAUUUGUAAACUAAAUUUUAAAGAAAAAUGAGCAAAAAGAAACCAAAAACUAACAAUUCAUCUCAAAAUUUACAUUUGGAAUACCAAAAAUUGCUCGUCUUUCACGACAGUUUGCAAGAUGAAAUUAAAAAACUACAAACAAAGUUGAAUAAUAAUGUGGAAAAUACUGUCAAAAUUCCCACAGUUGUAUUGGAGGAAUCAGAUCGAAAACCUGCUGUUGUAGAUAAUGAGAAUACUUUAAAGGAAUUAUUAAACGCUCUCAGUAUCAAUGAAUCGUUGAACCGGACAAAAUUUUCUAACGAAAAGAUUCAAUAUUUAUCAGUUGAUGAAAACGAAACAGAUAUUAAAUUUAAGAAAUUAUACAUGGCGGACUGUGUAGUUCGCAACAGAACGAAGUUUCAAAUUGAACUUAUAGUGAAUGAAAAUAUGAAAAAUGUUGAAGUGAUUCAAUCAAUAAAUUUAAAAUUUGAGGAUUUAAGAGAAGCGACGGAAAUGUCAAGUGGUUUAAGUUUUUUGAAGAAAAAAAAGAAUGUACACUUAUUGUUUUCUGCUAUCCGACAAUAUUCAACUUUGUCAAAACUAAGAGAAGAAAUUCUGAAAUCAUUACCCAAAGAAUCUUUUGAAACUAGUGUGGAAAAUGGCAAGCAAAUUAUAGAAUGUUUUUGUAAAUUUUCAAAAAAAAUCAAAUAUUUCAUAUGUGAAUGGAGUAUAGAUUGGAACCAACAAGAACAUAAUUUUGUUCAAGGCUUUGAAAUUACAAUCGAAUAUGACGAUGAUAAUUUUGCUGAAGCUGCUCAACCGAUUUUUGACAAUCUAUGCGAAAUUGUUACUUCUAUUGAAGACGCAAAAGUCAAGGUUUUACAAUGGAGGAAAGAUAUUGUAAAAUUGAUAAAGCAAUACGAUCGUCAGUGGGACGAAUAAAAAUUUUAUUAAAUUGGUUAAUUUUAUGGACAAAAACAAAGGAAUUUUGAAAGUGUCUGUUGUCGUUUGCACCUUUAUCAUCCAGAUAAAAAUUAAUUACAUCAUAGAUUUUGUCUACUUGAAUAAGCUGCAUGAAAAUUAGGUAGGAGUUUCAUGAAUCUUGGUGGAAAAAAUAAUGAAAUCCUUAUACUUACUAAACGAUACUAUUCGGUAUCCUGCAUCC